CACGUCCCCCGGCCACGUCGCGCCUGCUCUCGCCAUCUUCGCCGCUUCCUCUCGGGCGCCGCCGCCGCCGCCGCCGCCGCCAUGAACAUAUUCCGGCUGACCGGGGACUUGUCCCACCUGGCGGCCAUCGUCAUUCUGUUGCUCAAGAUCUGGAAGACGCGCUCCUGCGCCGGUAUCUCUGGGAAGAGCCAGCUUCUGUUUGCACUGGUCUUCACAACCCGCUACCUGGACCUUUUUACUUCGUUUAUCUCCCUCUAUAACACAUCUAUGAAGCUUAUCUACAUCGCCUGCUCCUACGCCACCGUGUACCUGAUCUACAUGAAGUUCAAAGCCACCUACGACGGGAACCACGACACCUUCCGAGUGGAGUUCCUGGUGGUCCCUGUGGGCGGUCUCUCGUUUCUGGUCAAUCACGACUUCUCUCCACUUGAGAUCCUCUGGACCUUCUCCAUCUACCUGGAGUCGGUGGCCAUCCUGCCGCAGCUCUUCAUGAUCAGCAAGACGGGCGAGGCGGAGACCAUCACCACACACUACCUGUUCUUCCUGGGCCUCUACCGCGCUUUGUAUCUCGUCAACUGGAUCUGGCGCUUCUACUUCGAGGGCUUUUUUGAUCUCAUUGCGGUGGUGGCCGGCGUGGUCCAGACCAUCCUGUACUGUGACUUCUUCUACCUGUACAUUACGAAAGUCCUCAAGGGAAAGAAGCUCAGCUUGCCAGCCUAAGUGCCAAAGACCAUGGCCGGCCUCUGUCCUUCAGGGUGCUCGGACAGAACUCCUCCCGCAACACAGGCGUAAGAUGCUCGCGACGGAAAGGCAGGAAGGUCAUCGUGUCGCAGGUGGUCACCAGUGGCUCCGCGAGGACGCAGAGGACAAGAGCCAGAGGCUUCUGUUUAAUGCAUCUUGCCUUAUCUUGUUUUAUUACUAUGUACAAAGAUUUUUUUACACAAAGAAACUUAAUGCUGUAUUAAUAAAUUCAGUGUGUAGCUUCAAUUGGGAUAGUUCCAAAAGUGAAGGUUUUGUGAGGAGUAAGUGCAAACUUUUUUUUUUUUUUUAAUUCUUUGACAUUUUUGAUUCUUGGUGUCUACAAUGAAGUUAGACACCGACAGUUGGUACAGAACAUAUCCUUCCA